AUCACAGCAUAAACAAGAAUAAAAUGUGUUAACGUAGAAAAAGUCGACAUUACGGCUUUAAAAAAAAAAAUUUAAUAUCAGGCGACCCAGGGAAAAAGUAAGGAGGCUGCUGGAAAGGGGACCCCAGCUGACCCCGGACCCCCGCCUCCGCCUGUGGAAAGUUUUGGACUCUUCUGUGUCUGUCUAUAACUUGCAAUGUUAAACCGUGGGCGUCUGCAGAGAGGCUGUUGAGGGAACACCAGUCGGGGAUAUAGGAUGCCUCAGAGAUAGACAAGCCUAAUGACGCAACGGGUUUACUCAAUACAGCUUGAAAUUGUGAGGAACAGGAUACUACUUGCAGGGUUUCCCACGUUUCCUAUGACCAAAAGCAGGCUGAGGGCUCUGAAACUGACAGAUAUAACGUGACAGGCACACAGACACUCUUCAGGAAAUAAGCCUCUCCGGACACCAGGGACCCAAACGAUGCAAACUUUCAUCAUGGCAUACAUUAUACUACUCUUUCUACCUUGUGUUUUCAGUGCAUGGGCGCGCAUUGAAGUGUCUGGAUAUGAAGCAGCCAUCUCCAAAGAGCCAUACAGGGAGAGCCGGAAAGUUUUCACUUUAACGGGCAAAGAAUGUAAAUUCCCAUUUCGUCUGGGAGGAAGGAUUCAUCACCGCUGCAUCACCAUCCUCUCUUCAAGACCUUUCUGCUCUCUUACGCAUAAUUUUGACCGGGACCGGCUGUGGGGCUUCUGUGCACCAGAGAAAACUCUGCCAUAUGUUUUCGUCCACGCGUCACGACGAGUCACAGCUGACGUGUGUCAGGUGAAUCCGUGUCAGAAUGGAGGCGUCUGCAAGCUGAUCCCGCACAGACACUCGUUCGAGUGCUCCUGUCCCGAGAGCUUCUCUGGGAGGCUGUGUGAGCAGAAGAAGUGCUAUGAAACCAUACACCUGCGCUAUUAUGACAUUGGGGAGUCUUGGGGACGAAUUCAUCUCCGUAAUGUGGAACAGUGCACAUGUGUGGCAGGGGAAAUCAAGUGUGAAAGAGUUCGCUACACGACCUGCCGUUCGAACCCUUGUCAGAACGACGGAACGUGUCGACUGAUCAUAGCCACCCGCAAAGAAGUGUGUAGCUGCAGACGUGGCUACAGCGGACCGCACUGUAGCUUUGAGCCAGAGACAGAGUGCUAUAACAGCAGGGGCACAGGUUACAGAGGGGUGGUGGGCACUACGGUGUCUGGCGCCCGGUGUCUGCCGUGGAACUCGGACCUGCUGUAUGACGAGCUCCAUAUCGGCACGGUGGUUGCCUCGCCCCUCAGGGGCCUCGGGGAGCACGCCUACUGCAGAAACCCAGACGGGGACAAGAAGCCGUGGUGCUACACACUAAAUGACGGCGCCAUCUCCUGGGAGUACUGUGACAUCCCCUCCUGUGUGAUGGCUGUGUGGGAGAAUCAGUCAGCUGCAAAAUCGGAAAUAAUCAGAAGAGCUUCUCAAAGGAUAAUUCAGAUCAACGUCUGGCCCGGCAUUAAAAAACCGAAGCCCCCCAAGCCGGCCAAGAAGCCUGUGUGUGGGAAAAAGCACAAGAAGAGGUUAUCGACCGCCAGGGGGCGGAUUAUGGGCGGAAGCUCCGCCCUGCCAGGUACUCACCCCUGGAUGGCAGCCAUUUACAUCGGACAGUCAGACUUCUGCGCUGGCACCCUGGUUUCCUCAUGCUGGGUCGUCUCUGCAGCGCACUGCUUCUUCCGCAACCCCCUGAAGUCGCAGCUUCGCGUGGUGCUCGGCCAGCAGAAUUUCAACACCACCAGUCCCAACACCAGGACGUUCGGAGUGGAGAAGUACAUCUUUCCAAAACAGUUCUCAGUGUUUAACCCAACACUACAUGACAUUGUCCUGAUCAAACUGAAGAAGCAAGACGGGAAGUGUGUGAAGAGAACCCCGUUUAUCAGACCCAUCUGUCUCCCAGACAAAGACAUGACGUUCCCUGACGACUACUGUUGCACUAUCAGCGGCUGGGGACACAUGCACGAGAAGGCAGACGGCUACUCCACUCUGCAAGAGGGUGGAGUGAGACUGAUUCCUCACGACUCUUGUAGGAAGCCUGAAGUCUACGGCAACCAUGUCACCGCUGACAUGAUCUGUGCGGGGCUCAACGGGUGCGUCGACGCAUGCCAGGGUGACUCCGGGGGCCCUCUGGCCUGCGCGAGGAAUGAUGUCAGCUUCCUGUAUGGGAUCAUCAGCUGGGGAGAGGGCUGUGGCCGCUCUGGGAAACCUGGUGUUUACACUAAAGUGGUGAACUAUAUCGAUUGGAUCAAUUCAGUGAUCAGACGCAAACCCAAGACUUCAUGAAUGGACAUAAACCUUGUUUAAUGUAUGGGAUGUUGUACUAUAUUGUUAUCUAUGUUAUUAUAUAUAAUGCUUGUGAAAAUGAAUUAUCUAUUUUAACUGUGAAAGAUUUUGUGACUGAAUAAACUUUUACUGAUUGAUAAA